UCAAUUUGCAUAUUCACAGUCCGGCGUUUUCAGGGCUUGGGCGAUUUCAGAUUUUUCCUGGCGCUGAACUGAAAUAGCCGUGCUUCAAUAUGGUCGACAGGACGAAACUCUAUGUCGGUGGGCUGGAUUUCAGGAUGACUGAAGACGAUGUGUACACGGCCUUCAGCGACCACGGACAGAUCGUCGACUGCAAGCUCAUCACAGACAGGGAAACGGGGAAGUCGCGUGGGUUCGCCUUCGUCACGUUUUCCGAUGAAGACAGCGCUGCCCGCGCCGAGAAGGCUUUGGAUCAGACGGAACUCGGGACGCGGGUAAUCAACGUCAGCGUGGCCAAGCCCCAGGGCGAGCGGAGAGGAGGAGGCGGUGGAGGAGGCUACAGAGGCCGAGGUGGAGGCGGCUACGGCGGUGGAGGAGGCUACAGAGGCCGAGGUGGAGGCGGCUACGGCGGUAGCUAUGGCGGCGGCGGUGGCUAUGGCGGCGGCGGCGGCGGUUAUGGCGGCGGCGGCGGCAGCUAUGGCGGGGGUGGCUAUGGAGGUGGUUCGUACGGAGGCGGUGGUGGCAGCUACGGCGGUGGCGGAAACUACAGCCAACAGCAGCAGUACGACCAAGGCUACGGCGGUUACUAGUCCCCCUGAAAAGUCCAAGCUAACGAUUUCUGUCUAUCUUGACUGCAUAUAACACUCCUGAAGAUUUAAACAAAAGGCCUCGUGGACUGGGAUUUGGCUGGCCAACAGAGAACAAAGAACUUGCUUCUUGUACUGAUACGCAUGUGAGGACUUCUGGCCCCUUUGGGGGCUGUUUGUUCGUUUGAAAAAAGUGUUCCACAACGUUUACCCGAGCCAGUUUUCCUUUUUUUGUAUGCCAAACAUUCCAAUGAUUAGAUAUGUGUAGGCAUCUGUGGAUAUUUCUGCCUGCCCUCUCUAGAUUAUAUCACUGCAUAUGUAACAACCUUUUCCAAUCUUGCACGUGGUAUCUUUUCCGUUGAAACAAUGGACGCUGUGUGUGUAAAUUUGUGGCCAGAGUUAAACUAUGAAGAAUGGACUUGAUGCAGUACGAAUAAGUUUAUAUACCGUAACGAUAGUCGAUACAUCUGUAACAUAUAAUAUCUAAGAAAUCUCAGAUCCACCGUGAAAAGUUAAACUUCGAUUAUGUAUCGUUCCAAAAAUGAUGGCACACAAUUAUGGUGGAUAAUUUCGUGUAUGGGGCUCUUUGUUUCUAUGUGGCCCAUUGUGGGCCCAUUUGUGUAUAGCUUGGGUAAAUGUAUAACGAUAAAAUGCUCCUUUACUAUCCUGAUAAGCUUCUUCCGAUGUAGUCAAGUGUGUUUCACCUUUUUUUCUGUGGAUGACUAACGUUACAAGAAACGUGGGGCAUCACAAGACAUGACAGUAAAAUUGUUUGAAAAGAAA